CCCAGCUUAGACGGGUACGCGCGCCGGCUGUGUGCUCGUGCACAGGGCUCUCCUAGCUUUCUGUGAUUGGUGGGUGCCUGGCGUGCUGUAUCCCAGACUCUGAGUUCUGCUCAGCCUGGUGCCAUCUGCAGAAGCUGGUUAUUUUGAAUGUUCCAUCACACAAUAUGAGCUUCCUGCUGCCCAAAUUGAGCAAUAAAGCUGAUGUGGAUAAAGCAAUAAAAACGACAGCUGAAAAGGUCUUGGUCCUUCGAUUUGGAAGAGAUGAUGACCCCAUCUGUAUGCAGCUUGAUGACAUUCUUUCAAAGACAUCACAUAACCUUAGUAAAAUGGCGAAUAUUUAUCUUGUGGAUGUGGAAAAAGUGCCAGUCUACACCCAAUACUUUGAUAUCAGCUUCAUUCCUUCUACUGUAUUCUUCUUUAAUGGGCAACAUAUGAAAGUGGAUUAUGGUUCUCCUGAUCACACAAAGUUUGUUGGCAGCUUCAAGACAAAGCAGGACUUUAUAGAUCUGAUAGAAGUAAUCUUCAGAGGAGCGAUGCGUGGGAAACUAAUUGUGAAAAGUCCAAUAGACCCCAAGGACAUUCCUAAAUAUGAUCUUCUGUACCAGGGAGUUUAGAAGACACAAGAUGCAUGAUGAAUAUUGACCUAACAUGAGAGAAGCUUAGUACUGCUAUAGUUACAUCGAGAGUGCCAACCAACCUGAUAAUCAAUGAAGGUCCAGAAUAUCUUCUGUCUAAUGGAUACAGAUUGGAAUGCUUGACACCUUUUACUCAUUGCUGUACAACUGUAUCUCUGAACUGAACCAAUAGUUAUAAGGACUUGUCAUGGCAUAUAGCUUGUAAAACAGUCUGAUUACAUAGAUGAUGCACUUAUAAACUCAGGAGUGUUUGACUUGUA